UAACAGCCAUCGCGUUCAGUAAAUCGAAUUCACAAAUUUAUGGGUUCCGACUUCCAACUUGACAUCCAAAGUCCAAAGUCUAGUAACUAAAUUACCUGACAGGUUGCUGGGCUAUGUAAAUGUAAGCUCCAGAGUCCAAAUCCAAAAAACCUAGGCCUCUCCCGCCUGAUCCCCAACGCGCCAACGACAAUGGAAAAGAAACCAAAACCUCCGUCCCUCCGGCACCGUCUGACCCACCUAGACACCACAUUGUCCCUCCACAUCCACACCAUAUGCCAACCAUUUCCCCGUCCCCUUCUCAAAGCCCUCGAGAUCAGUGGCGAUGGCUUGUUCUGGAUUCCGAUCCCUAUCGCUCUCUUCUUCACCCCUCUCGCUUCGAAAUCCGUUCAUGUGCGGUUCCUCCUCGUUGGUCUCUUCAUCGGUUUCUUAUUCGACCUUAUCCUAGUCGGCCUCAUCAAGUAUCUGGUCCGUCGGCCUCGCCCCGUCUACAAUACGGGUAUACAUCUUACCUUCUCCGUCGAUCAUUGGUCUUUCCCUAGUGGUCACUCCUCUAGGGUUUGCUUCAUCGCCGCUUUUUUGUAUCUUUCCAUGGAGACGGUUUACCAAGCUGUGGUUCAAUUGAAGUCUUCUGGAAAUAGAUUUUUUAGUGAAACGAUCGAUCCUGACGGUCACAUGGUGAGGACUGCAACCAUAUACUAAUAUCUUGUUCAUUUACUGUAGAGUUAUGGGAGUGGCUCUUCUCAUUGUUUGGGUGCAGGUUGGUUAGGCCAGCAGAUGCAAGUUUGUUCUUUGGUCCUGCUUUCUUCUCUUGGCGGCACAAAAGAGGAAGAAUUAUGUGGAGGUGUGCAAGAGCAGCGCUGAUUUGGUUCGUGUGGAAGAAAGGAAUGCCAGAAUUUUCCCAGAGAAGGAGAGAAGCCCAGAAGAGAUGGACUGCAUUCUAAAUAGGGUGAUCUUAUGGCUAAAAUCACUGGACCUAUUCCAUCAUUUCUCAUUCAAUGAUGUGUGGAGGAAUUGGUUAGCAGUGGCUAAUUGCUCUUCCAUAAAAACUAAAGUGAGCAUGGCUUGGGAACCCCUUCCUGAAAGAUUCUUGAAGCUGAAUUUCGACGGGAGUAGUCUUGGUAAUCCUGGUCCAUCAGGGAUGGGAGGGGUGCUGAGGAAUGAGAGUGGGAAUGUGGUUCUUAUUUUCUCAGGACCCAUAGGAAUUGGAAACUCUACUAGGGCGGAACUUGCUGCCGCUAUCCAGGGUGUACAGUUAGCUGUGCAGAUAGGUGUGGAACAAUUGAUAAUAAAAGGGGACUCCAAGGUGGUAGUGGGCUGGCUACAAAAUCUGGAAUCUGUAGUGUGGUGUUUUAAGAAUGAAAUUAAAAAGUUCAACUGCCUAACAAGAAGCUUGACAGUGAGAAUACAAUGGGUGGGGAGGUCAGCAAACUCUAUGGCUUAUGGUCUUGCAAAGUAAGGGGUAAAUAGGGAAAGUUUGUAUUGGGCUCAAUUGUAGACUGAAUCUGUUUUCUAUCUUUUGCCUUUCUUCCUACUGGUAGGAGAGGAUGCAGCUCGCGCCUCUCAAGGGAAGCUUG